AUUUUGCUGCUUUCGAUAAUGACAUGUGUGUUACAAUGUAUCUAUUUUGAGCGAAGGAGUACACGAAUUAUGGUUUAACUUAGUCAGUAAUGUAUUGUGUGUGUGCAUGAUCACGUGUUUAAAUUGAUCGCAUUCAAGACUGGUUCAAACUCGUAUCUAUCCACGGACUACAACCUUAUUGAAAUUCACCAGUCACUGCAGCAGUUUUUCUUUGACUGACAGAGCGAGACAGCAUUCCAAUUGAAACCUCUUGUGGACAAAGCUAUUUUCCUGCUAUGGGUAGUUUCUGUCUCCUAAGAAGUCGGUGUCUCCCCCGCCAGGUCGGCCUACCAUUGGUCAUGCAUCGGCAAUACAGCCUUGACAUUUCCGCUCAGCUUCUCCGAACGCAGGGCUAUGUGAACGGGCAAUGGAUCAAUGCUCCAUCUACCUUCCCAGUGCUGGACCCAGCGACGGGGGAAGAGAUUGCGAAAGUCGCAGACUGUGGUCCAGCAGAAGCUAAACUAGCUGUCGACGCAGCCUACAAGGCAUUCUACUCCUGGAAACAACACACAGCGAAAGAAAGAAGUGUCCUUCUACGGAAAUGGUACGAUCUGUUGACGUUGAACAAGGAGGACCUUGCUAAGCUGAUCACCUUUGAGUGUGGCAAGCCCAUGAAGGAGUCCCUGGGGGAGAUUGCUUACGCUGCUGGCUUCCUGGAAUGGUUCUCUGAGGAGGCGCGCCGUGUCUAUGGGGAUGUUGUGCCCUCGGCUGCCAAGGACCGUAAGAUCCUUCUGCUAAAACAGCCUGUGGGCGUGGCCUCAAUCAUCACUCCGUGGAACUUCCCCAGUGCUAUGAUCACCAGGAAAGUGGGUGCUGCCCUGGCCGCGGGCUGCACCGUCGUGGUGAAGCCUGCCGAGGACACACCACUCUCUGCCCUGGCGCUCGCUGAGCUGGCGAGUCAGGCCGGGAUCCCUGCGGGGGUGUUUAACGUGGUUCCCUGCUCCAGAGAGAAGACCCCCUCUGUUGGGACGGUCCUCUGCACAGACCCCCUGGUGGGGAAGGUCUCCUUCACUGGAUCCACUGCCACUGGAAAGAUUCUCUUGAAGCACGCUGCCGACACCAUCAAGAGGGUUUCAAUGGAGCUGGGUGGCCAUGCCCCUUUCAUUGUGUUUGACAGUGCAGAUGUGGACAAGGCUGUGGCGGGAGCCAUGAACUCCAAGUUCAGGAACUCAGGACAGACAUGCGUCUGCUCCAACCGCUUCCUGGUCCAGAGUAGGAUCCACGAUCACUUCAUAGAGAAGUUGGGGAAGGCCAUGGACGCAGAGCUCCGUCUGGGCCACGGCUCUGACCCAAACACCACCCAGGGUCCCCUCAUCAACGUCCAUGCCUCUGAGAAGGUGGAGCACCAGGUAAUGGAUGCAGUGUCGCGGGGGGCCAAGGUCCUAAGGGGGGGGAAGCGUCUGGAUGGCUCGUUCCAUCAGCCCACUCUGCUGGCUGAUGUCACCACAGACAUGCUGUGUACCAGAGAGGAAACCUUCGGUCCUCUCCUGCCCGUCAUCAGGUUUAGCACAGAGGAGGAAGCACUUGCCAUUGCCAAUGCAUCUCAUGUGGGUUUGGCAGGGUACUUCUUUUCCCAGAACGUCAGUCAGAUCUGGCGGGUGGCGGAGAAUCUGGAGGUAGGCAUGGUGGGGGUCAACGAGGGUCUCUUCUCCACCCCAGAGGCCUCCUUCGGUGGGGUCAAACAAUCGGGCCUGGGCCGUGAGGGCUCCAAGUACGGCAUCGAGGAGUACCUGGACGUCAAGUACAUGUGCUUUGGAGGGCUAACCCCCUGAGGGUCCACUGCACCCCCCCCCCCCAAGUAGGAAGCGGUGAUUUUGGGAAAAGGGAGGAUUCUUAGGCUCUAGUAACAGUUACUUACUCAUAUUUCACAUUAAAAAAACUACAAUGGAUUAUUACAAUCAUCAAAUAUGAUUCCUUCACAAAUGAUUGUGAUUCUGAUCCUCUGCAUAUGUUGUCAUUGAGAGCCUUCAUUGCUCAGAUACAGGGAAAGAAAUAUGUUAAACAUAUGUUAAUGCAGUACAACUUAACUGGGAGUCCUGCAGGCUGGUAUGGAGUAUAGGAAAACCUUUCAUAGUAUUGAAAAUGCCAUUGGUGGUUGCACUAUUAUCGCUAACGCCAUGGUUCAUAGAUACAGUUGAAGUCAGAAGUUUACAUACACUUAGGUUGGAGUCAUUAAAACUCAUUUUUCAACCACUCCACACAUUUCCUUUUAACAAACUAUAGUUUUGGCAAGUCGGUUAGGACAUAUACUUUGUGCAUGACACAAGUCAUUUUUCCAAUAAUUGUUUACAGACAGACUAUUUCACUUAUAAUUCACUGUAUCACAAUUCCAGUGGGUCAGAAGUUUACAUACACUAAGCCUUUAAACAGCUUGGAAAAUUUCAGAAAAUGAUGUCAUGGCUUUAGAAGCUUCUGAUAGGCUAAUGGACAUCAUUUGAGUCAAUUGGAGGUGUACCUGUGGAUGUAUUUCAAGGCCUACCUUCAGUGCCUCUUUGCUUGACAUCAUGGGAAAAUCAAAACAAAUCGGCCAAGACCUCAGAAAAAAAUGAUAGUCCUCCACAAGUCUGGUUCACACUUGGGAGCAAUUUCCAAACGCCUGAAGGUACCACGUUCAUCUGUACAAACAAUAGUACGCAAGUAUAAACACCAUGGGACCAGGCAGCCGUCAUACUGCUCAGGAAGGUGACGCGUUCUGUCUCCUGGAGAUGAACGUACUUUGGUGCAAAAGUGCAAAUCAAUCCCAGAACAACAGCAAAGGACCUUGUGAAGAUGCUGGAGGAAACAGGUACAAAAGUAUCUAUAUCCACAGUAAAAUGAGUCCUAUAUCGACAUAACCUGAAAGGCCGCUCAGCAAGGAAGAAGCCACUGCUCCAAAACCGCCAUAAAAAAGCCAAACUACGGUUUGCAACUACACAUAGGGACAAAGAUCGUACUUUUUUGAGAAAUGUCCUCUGGUCUGAUGAAACAAAAAUAUAACUGUUUGGCCAUAAUGACCAUCAUUAUGUUUGGAUGGAAAGGGGGAUGCUUGCAAGACGAAGAACACCAUCCCAACCGUGAAGCACAGCGGUGGCAGCAUCAUGUUGUGGGGGUGCUUUGCUGCAGGAGGGCUGGUGCACUUCACAAAAUAGAUUGCAUCAUGUGGAAGGAAAAUUAUGUGGAUAUAUUUAAGCAACAUCUCAAGACAUCAGUCAGGAAGUUAAAGCUUGGUCGCAAAUGGGUCUUCCAAAUGGACAAUGACCCCAAGCAUACUUCCAAAGUUGUGGCAAAAUGGCUUAAGGACAACAAAGUCAAGGUAUUGGAGUGGCCAUCACAAAGCCCUGACCUCAAUCCCAUAGAACAGGGGUGUCAAACUCAUUCCACGGAGGGCCUAGUGUCUGCAGGUUUUUGGUUUUUCCUUUCAAUAAAGCCCUAGACAACCAGGUGUGGGGAGUUCCUAACUAAUUAGUGAUGGUAAUUCAUCAAUCAAGUACAAGGGAGGAGCGAAAACCCGCAGACACUCGGCCCCCCGUGGAAUGAGUUUGACACCUGUGCCAUAGAACAUUUGUUGGUAGAACUGAAAAAGCGUGUGCGAGCAAGGAGGCCUGCAAACCUGGCUCAGUUACACCAGCUCUGUCAGGAGGAAUGGGCCAAAAUUCACCCAACUUAUUGUGGAAAGCUUGUGGAAGGCAACCUGAAAAGUUUGACCCAAGUUAAACAAUUUAAAGGCAAUGCUACCAAAUACAAAUUGAGUGUAUGUAAACUUCUGACCCACUGGGAAUGUGAUGAAAUAAAUAAAUGCUGAAAUAAAUAAUUCUCUCUGUUAUUAUUCUGACAUUUCACAUUCUUUAAAUAAAGUGGUGAUCCUAACUGAUUUUUACUAGGAUUAAAUGUCAGGAAUUGUGAAAAACUGAGUUUAAAUGCAUUUGGCUAAGGUGUAUGUAAACUUCCGACUUCAAGUGGAUGUGUAAGAAGCUGCCGAGAAAUCCAUGUCUCAAGUUCCAUGCUCUACAUUGUUUCCUCUCCUCCUCCUCUCUGACCACUGGCCUAUAAGAACUGGUGAAGGGAAAGCAAUAUGGUGACAACCCAAACCAGUUCUCCAGGUCCGUUAAAAGGAGAGUUAAAGACCCAGUGCAGUCUAAACAUGAAUUUCCAAUGUUUUUAUAUGUAUAUUUCUACACUGAGGUUGGAAAAUGGUGAUAAUGCCCUUUUAGUUUAAGAGCUGUUUGGAAAGACUGCCUGAAAUUUCAGGUUGUUUUGGUGGGAUGUAGUUUUGGCCUGCCUGGUGACAUCACCAGAUGGUAAAUUCUCUGCCAAUAACCACUUAUUUUCAGUUUUCCCCUCACUCAGACCACUCCCAGACAGUCUUAGCAAAAUUCUUGUUUGAGAAAUUGCUCUUUGCUAAGAAGCUAUUUUUGAUUCUUUGUUUUCAAUUAUAAUGGUCAAAAUCACAGUAAGGUACUUAAUUGCUACCCAGAUAUUAUUUGAUGUUGAGAUAAAAACAGCUGCAUUGGAACUUUAAGGGUAGUCCCUUAAAGAGGAGGAGAGGACGCCACAAUAGUAUUUGGACAUAACCCCAUACACUUCUCCAACCUGUGGUAUCCCAUAACGAUCUGGACCUUUAGUGCUGAAUCAUAUGUUGAGAUACAAAUUAACAAAUGUGUGUUCUCAAUGUAGGAUUGGGCCCUCAAUGAGGAGCACUGUGUAACUUGAAGCCUAGUGUAGAGUUGGGUAGAUUUAAUAAGCACAUCAAUUGAAAAUAGUUGAGAUUAUUAAUAUGCACAAGAGACAUCAUCUGUUUAAUUGGAAGAUUAUUUAUAUUUCGGCUAUUUUCUAGAAAAGGGAGCUUGGCUGUAUCCAGAUGCCAGCUGUAUUAGAUAUGUCACAAAUUAUGAAUAACACUAUUUUGGUAACCAUUGUUGGGCUAAGCAUCCUCUGUUGUAAAUAGUUUUUUUUAACUGUCCUAACUACUUAAAAACCAUCUAUUGUAGACCAUGCCACUACAUUAUAGGUUAUGGUGUUGUCGUUGUCGUUGGUAACUAGUCUUCCCACAUACAAUAUAUUAUACAGUAGAGAUGCCUUACGAUAUUCAGACAGGUGGUACAAACUGCGUGCUGUAUCUGAGCCUGUAAUUGUAAAUGUUGUGUUCUCUGAAGUAAUGUCUCUUGCCAAACAUUGUGCCGUUUGAAUGAUUUGACAUUCUGUUUUCUAGUUGUACAUUCUUAUUGUAAAAAAUAAAUAUAUUUCUAACUAUUGUAAAUAUUAUUGGAGUUUUUCAGAAAAUAAAUUACUGUGAGUUA